CGCGCGUUCACGCUGUAAAACACACACACACACAGAGACACACACACACAGACACAGAUGUAAUGUGAUGUUUGUGAUAAACACUUUAAGUUUAUUUUGAUGUCAUUGUUGUAAAAUGUUCUCCUUCAGUCAGAGUUGCUGGUUUAUACGGAAGGUGGUGAGAUGGAGAGCUGUAGCCAGUAUAGCCUGGUCAGUGCUACUUCUGCCUCCUAUCACCUGUGUGCUCAUCAUGUUCAUCAGACUCAAUGUGUUUCACCCCACAAACUGGCUCUCAGGAUGUUUGGGUUUGCUGACAGAGGCCAGUACACUGUUCUCCAUGUUCCUGCUCUGUGCAGCCGUUAUACUCAUCGCCUUCUUUAACCUGCAGUAUUACACGGUCAUUCCCUCCAUCCCUUGUUCCCGUGUGGCUCUGCUGGCUGAAGUGCUUCACCCUCGUCAGUGUGUUCACUCACUAGUGCACUGUGCAGUCGGGAUGCUGGUGAUGUGGUGUGUGUGUGUCAUGGCUGGAGGACGCUAUCACACACUCCACACGUAUCACACUCACCGUGAGAGUGGCGAUGUUGUCGUUUACCUGAACGAGUAUCACGUGUUCAUGCUGCUGGCCGGAGCGUUCAUGGGAUACUCUCACAGUUUACUGGGCGUCGUCCAAAACAUCCACUACGUCUCCUUUCACAUUAUACAGCAAUAUAAGUACAUGCGCUUUAAAAGCUCUGCCUGGUGGCUGGUGAAGUGCAGCGCUGUUCAGUCUUUAUAUUCAGUUAGGAACUACAUCAUCCUCUACUUCCUGUUUGGACGCAUCCCCAGGACGUGGAUCGCCAACACACUGAACGUGCAUGUGGACAGCUCUGUGCGCUCUCUGGACUCGUUCGGAGGACUGUGUGACGUGUCGUUGUUCUAUCAGCUAUGGAUCAGUGGAACCUUCCUGUUGCUCACCUGGUACCUGAGCGUGCUGCUCUUCAGGAUCUACAUCACUGAGCCGUACAGUUUCCUGGUGCAGUCGUCGUUCUCUGAGGACACAGAAGAAUGUCUCCCUAAAGUCCUGACUGAACAGAAUGUCUUGAUCAUGAAGUUUCUGGCGUUGCAGGAUUUGGCGUUGCUUUCCCAGCAUUCCCCUUCACGCAGACAGGAAGUCUUCAGCCUCAGUCAGCCAGGAGGUCAUCCUCACAAUUGGAACGCUAUCAGUAAGGAGUGUGUGUCGUUGCUGAGUGAAUUAACACAGCGUCUCAUUGCUCAUCACGAUGUCGUGGCGUCUAACGGCAGAGCGAAACCUUCAUCUGAGAGAAAUGACACCAGAUCGAGCUCCUCCUCCUGCUCGGUGACCUCAGGGACGGAGGAUAUUUCCGACUCUCCUCGCCGCAGCGUUCUGAUUCGGACUCCCGGCUCGGUGUUUGGUUCUGCAGUGAAGGGUGUGUCCUCGCCCCUGACCGCCCCGUUCACGCCUGAUCUGACCGCACCGUUCUCCAGACCCCUGCUCAGCCCACAGGUGGUCCACAGACCCUGGUUGGGCUCGGUCCAGAGUCCUCACGUCACCCGGAGGAACCCCAAACUGUGGAGCACGUCCACCGAAUCGCAGUCCAAUGGGAACCAACCGCCGUCUCCUGAUCCCUCCCCCAAAGCAGCAGGAGAAAACAAACCCAGCUUUCUGUCUCAGUGGCUCCAGAACAGGAAGGAACAGGUGAAAGGUUUCUUGGCAAAGCGAGUGCUGGUUGUGUAUUUAUUUAAUAAGCUGCCUGAGGCGUCGAGUCGAGCCCUGUUCGCUGAUAGCCAGGCGCACAUCUGGGCUCUGGAAGGUUUGUCUCAUCUGGUAGCUGCUUCAUACUCUGAGGAUAAAUACGGAGUGGUCCAGACUACAUUACCCAGCAUCCUCAGCAGCAUGCUGUCUCUGCAGGAGGCUGUGGACCGUCACUUUAAACUGCCUCAUGCCUCGAGUAAACCAGGGAAGACGUCGAACAGUUUGGGCGACUCGACGUAUAAAACUUUGCGCUUUGCUCUGAGAGCGACUCUGAAAACCGCCAUCUACAGAAUCACCACCACCUUCAAAGAGCACUUACAGUCUGUCAGUAUUCCAGCAGAGCAGCAGAAGAGACUUCAGCAGUUCCUGGAAUAUAAAGAGUAGAAGUUUCUCCUCCCUGUGAACGCUGCUCACUCGGACGUUCACGCACCAGCCGGACACGUUUCCACAGAAUUGUUGUUCGUCUUCAUCCUUCUUCCAUCUUCACUCUGUUCUGACUGCGUCUGAGGUGAUGAUGAUGAUGAUGAUGAUGGAUGAGGAUCACAUUUAUUAAACUUGGGUUUGCUGGCUUUAUUUGAAAAAAAAAAAAAAAGAAUUCAAUAAACUUUGCUGCUUUGUUUUUUCUCCUCUUUUUGCCUCGAAUUUUUUUAAUGAACUGUUCUGUGAAAAGUCAUCAAAUAU